UUCUCGCAGGUGCGGUUAGUCGUGUUUCGACGGAGGCGAAGAAAGUUAUUGCGGCGCAGUUUUCCGUUUCGGUGUAGUGCUGAGUGAAUGAGUGCUAUAAUACGAUUAAGGUUGAUCUGAAUUUUAAAAUCAACCUGUAUAAAAGAUAGAAAUCAAAUUCCAAAAUAAAUAAGAAAACAGUGAACAAUGAAAGAUUCAAUGACAGUCAUAACCCCUUCACCAACUGCCGCUAGUGGUCAACAGCAAAAAAUGUCUCAUUUAAAGCCGAAUCGGUCGCGUUUUAUGAUUAACGAUAUUCUAGCUGGUAGUGCCGCCGCUGCCGCUGCCGUCGAGGCGGCCAAUGCAGCCAGUGUAGCGGCGGCUGCUGCAUUCUAUAAACAACAACAACAACAAAAGCAAAAUAUAAACAAUAACAAUCACAGUGGUAACAAUAACGGAGGUCAAAUUGCGUAUAUCCAGCCUUCACAUCAGUCACUCGAAUCUUCAAUGUCCAUGCAGCAGUCUCCGUCCGCACCAGCGCCACUAACUCUCCACUCGGCCCAUCUGCAACUUCAACCACAAAUACAUCAUUCACGAGUCCCCCCUCCACAUAAUUUAAUUCCGUUACAUACUCAAACGCCCGUAACUGCUGGGACGGCCGUUGCCGGCGCUGCACAUAAAAUUCAUUUUCCCGUCGGUGCCACACAAAUCGGCUCAAAUGGCCUCAAUGUGGCUCAAUAUGCGGCUGUGAUGCAACAGCAUUAUGCCAGCGCUGCCGCCGCCGCACGGGAACUUGAUAACAAUAGUGACUACCAGGAUAAUGAGGAUUGCGAUAGUGAAGUCGGGAGUGGCGGCCACCAGGACGACAACAGUGUUUGUAGUAAUGGCGCUAAAGACGAGGAUGGCAGUAGCAUCAAGAGUGGAUCCAUCAAUGAAGCUCAUAGUUUGAGUAAAAAGCAACGUAAAGCACGCACCGCUUUCACGGAUCACCAAUUGCAAACCCUUGAAAAAUCGUUUGAAAGGCAAAAAUAUUUAAGUGUGCAAGAGCGACAGGAACUCGCACACAAGCUUGAUCUAAGUGACUGCCAAGUUAAAACUUGGUAUCAAAAUCGUCGUACAAAAUGGAAACGACAGACUGCGGUUGGUUUGGAACUGCUGGCUGAAGCAGGAAACUUUGCAGCUUUUCAGCGACUCUAUGGGGGAACCCCUUAUUUGGGCGCAUGGUCUUAUCCAGGUGCACAGGCGCCACAUGGUGCCCCUACGCCGUCGAGUAUUGACUUGUACUAUCGCCAAGCAGCAGCCGCAGCCGCAAUGCAAAAACCUCUUCCCUACAAUUUGUACGCCGGAGUUCCUAACGUAGGAUCACUUUCUGGACUGCCCGUUUCUGCUACAGCACCGUUUUCGCAUCUCUCCGCUUCCAGUUCGUUAUCUUCAUUAAGCAGCUACUACCAGAGCGCAUCGGCGGCAGCAGUGGCUGCGGUAGCUGGUACAUCUGCAUCUAGUUGUAUUCCUGUCGACAAGCCAAUCGCUUCACCACCAUUGUCGGUCACGGCAACAGUACCAUCACCUGUAUCUCAAAAUAAUGCGACGAUAGAUCGGAGGUGCUCGUCAAAUUCUCCCACGCAAAAAUCACCUCUAAGACAUAUUGACUUGGCUCGCUCUCCCAGUCCCACUCUAAAUCCAGGAAGCCCACCUGGUCGAUCAGGAAACAGCUCACAGGUGCAGUCUGAUGACGAGGAUCAAAUUCAAGUAUCAGUUUGAAAUUAAGAUACAUACCAAAUAACAAAGUAGUGGAAAUCUCAACACAUUCAUAUAUGUAUGUAUAGUGCUUAUCAUAACUGCAUGGUGCAUUUUCCUUCCUAUAAAAAAAUUAGCAAACAUACUUCGUAUGGAAGAAAAUUAUUGACAUCGACAACAAAAAAAAUUCCUAAAAUCAUCGUUGUAGCGCCUUCUAGCUUGCAUUCAAUUUAGAACUGAAUGGGUUGCCAAAAAACUUUCUAAAAAUUCGGAGUAAAAAAAGCUAAACUUUGAGUUUAUCAGUUCGUCGGAAUAUUUUUUAUGUUUUUUUUUUUUGAUGUCUGUGACCGCAUAAUUUUGGACCAUGUCAAUCGACUUCCAUACUGGUUUAGAUCCAAUCAUGGGAUCAUGAAAUACAUAUAUUUAUAUAUAUAUUUAUAUAUGCGAAUUGAAGUCGGUUUUGUUUUUUCCUUAAAAAUUAUCUACUUGUUUUUUACUUUUGUACGAAGUUUAAAACUCCGAUUUAUGUACGUAUAUAUGUGUUUUUUUUUAUAGAAUUAAAAAAAUAGUUAAAAUUAACUAAUAAAAAUAAGUAGUCAAAACCUGCCAAUAUCUGAGUAUCGUAUAGUAAUGAUAAGCACUAUUUAUGUACAUUAGGCUGGGUCGAUUUUGUAUGGGGAAAGAUAUAAGUUAUUUAAUCAGAUUGCAAUAGUGAUAUUAUAUUUUCAUAAGUCUAAGCAAAUAAUAAUUUACUAUAAGGAAUUAAAAUAAGUCAUAUGUAUCUUUAGCCUGCGCAUUUGAGUCAAAGUUUUGGAAAUUUUUGAAAAAACAUUUUUGAUUUGUGUGUUUUAUUAAUAUAUGUAUGUAAUAUAUGUAGAUUAAAUUCGUCAAAAUUAAAAAAGUGGAAAAUUCGGUAACUUAAUUUUUAGUGUACCCGUAGUGAAAAAAUCUUUCCUUUUGACCGCAAAAUUUCCCUAGUAAAAGACUAUUAGAUGCUUGCCAAAACGGAUGAAUAGUAGCUUAAUCAAAUUAUUAUUGCUAAAAAGUCGAGGUUUUAUUAUGUCAUUGCCCAGCAUAAAGUAUCCACAGCAAAUCGAAAAAUUUAUCCAAAUCUAUUUAACGAAAAUAGGAAGCAAUUUUUAUGCACCGCAUAGGAAGAGAGGCCAUUCGUUGGUUGAAACUUCGACAACGUCUUUUGCUGGGAACGCAUUUUUUGACUUAUUUCUGUUAGUUUGGUCUUUGUUGGUGGUCUUUCGCAACCGCUGAUUUAUAGCAAUUUUGUUAUAUACGAGUGCAGUUAAUAUUUUUAACAUAAACUUUGUAAUGUACUUCCCGUCUUCAUUUUCAUCUUAAGUCUAAUGUCAAACAUCUGUUUGAUAUUUUAACUAUUGAUUGAAUUGGCAAACUUCUUACAGCAGCGCUUCUUUACUUGGCGCUUCGUUACUUGAGGCUUGGGCACUUUCGUUGCUUAACAAACCAAAAUAGGUAUACAUACGUAAAACUGCCAAGCAACGAGCUCGGUGUGAAGACCCCUAUAAAAAGUCAAGGCUACGUUGUAUAUGUACAUACAUAUGUACAUACUGCAAUGGUCAGAUAAAUGUUACCAUUGUUAAAAUUUAUUGAAUUCGCAUCAUUUUCGAUACAAGUUUCCUCCAAGCCAUAUGGUUUGACUGUUAGUCCCAGUUUUCAAUAUGACUCUGAGCCAUGACUUAAGGCGCAGAUUAAAUGGGUGUUACUUAUAUUUGGAUAGGUGAAACCUAACGUUACUUAAUGCUACGUCGAAGUCUGUUUCAUUUUGAUUUUCUAAAUUCUAAGUUUAUUUAAGUUGCCACAGUCACAUAUUAAGGCUGCGUUGAUGUUUUGGGACUAUGUAAAUAAUUAUGCGGUUUCAAUGCCGUAUGUACAUAAGUGUAUUGAAAAAGUCUAUUGUAAAAACAAAACUUGCUUUUAAAAUAGCAGAAUCCGCGGUUAACCAAAUUGUUAUAAAAACCAUAUUUGAUUGGGUGGGGGGAGGGGGGUUUCCCAACUGAAUGUGAAAUAACACAAAUUUACUUUAUUUUCUUUCUCGUUGAGCAAUA